AUGCGUAACAAAUGGAGAAAGAAAAGAGUCAGAAGACUUAAAAGAAAGAGACGGAAAGCUGGUGCUUUAGAGAAUGCUCGUAAGGAGAUCAAGAGAAUCUCUCUGGAAGACCACGAGGAGUCCGAGUACGGCCAGAUUUACUCUGUGUCCGGUCCUGUUGUCAUAGCUGAAAACAUGAUUGGCUGUGCCAUGUACGAGUUGGUGAAAGUUGGUCACGAUAACCUGGUUGGAGAGGUUAUUAGAAUCGAGGGUGAUAAGGCAACGAUCCAGGUGUACGAGGAGACCGCAGGUGUGACCGUUGGUGACCCUGUUUUGAGAACUGGUAAGCCAUUGUCCGUCGAAUUGGGACCAGGUUUGAUGGAGACCAUCUACGAUGGUAUUCAAAGACCGUUGAAAGCCAUUAAGGAAUUAUCACAGUCCAUCUACAUCCCAAGAGGUAUCGAUGCUCCAGCAUUGGACAGAAACAUCAAGUACGACUUCAAACCGGGAUCCCUGACAGUUGGAGACCACAUUUCGGGUGGUGAUAUCUUUGGCUCAAUCUUUGAGAACUCCCUUUUGGAUGACCACAAGAUUCUCUUGCCACCAAGAGCUAGAGGUACCAUCACAUCCAUCGCUGAGGCUGGCUCUUACACCAUCGAUGAGCCUUUGCUCGAGGUUGAAUUUGACGGAAUUAAACACAAGUACUCAAUGUUCCACACAUGGCCAGUUCGUGUUCCAAGACCAGUCGCUGAGAAGUUGUCCGCUGAUUACCCAUUGCUUACCGGCCAAAGAGUGUUGGACUCCUUGUUCCCAUGUGUCCAAGGUGGUACCACUUGUAUUCCAGGUGCCUUUGGUUGUGGUAAGACUGUUAUUUCCCAGUCCCUUUCUAAGUACUCCAACUCUGAUGCCAUUAUCUACGUUGGUUGUGGUGAGCGUGGUAACGAGAUGGCUGAGGUGUUGAUGGAGUUCCCAGAGCUGUACACCGAAAUCUCUGGCAGAAAGGAGCCAAUUAUGAAGCGUACCACUUUGGUUGCUAACACAUCUAACAUGCCUGUCGCUGCAAGAGAAGCCUCUAUCUAUACCGGUAUCACACUUGCUGAGUACUUCAGAGAUCAAGGUAAGAAUGUUUCCAUGAUUGCUGAUUCUUCCUCCAGAUGGGCCGAGGCGUUGAGAGAAAUCUCUGGUCGUCUUGGUGAAAUGCCUGCUGAUCAAGGUUUCCCUGCUUACUUGGGUGCCAAGUUGGCCUCUUUCUACGAGAGAGCUGGUAAGGCUGUUGCACUGGGUUCCCCAGACCGUAUUGGCUCUGUUUCUAUUGUUGCUGCUGUGUCUCCAGCCGGUGGUGAUUUCUCUGACCCUGUCACCACCUCUACGUUGGGUAUUACCCAAGUGUUUUGGGGUCUGGAUAAGAAACUUGCGCAGAGAAAGCAUUUCCCAUCCAUCAACACCUCUGUUUCAUACUCUAAGUACACCAAUGUUCUUGGUAAGUACUACGAUGCGAACUAUCCAGAGUUCCCAACGUUAAGAGAUAGAAUUAAAGAGAUCCUGUCUAAGGCCGAGGAGUUGGAACAAGUUGUGCAAUUGGUUGGUAAAUCUGCCCUUUCAGACUCUGAUAAGAUCACCUUGGAUGUUGCCACACUGAUCAAAGAGGACUUCUUGCAACAAAACGGUUAUUCCACGUAUGAUGCCUUCUGUCCAAUCUGGAAGACAUUUGAUAUGAUGAGAGCAUUCGUCGGAUACCAUGACGAGGCACAGAAGGCUGUUGCUAACGGUGCAAACUGGAAUAAGUUGGCUGAGCAAACUGCAGACGUGAAACAUUCUGUCUCAUCCUCCAAGUUCUUUGAACCAUCAAAGGGUGAAACUGUCGGUAAGGAGGAGUUUGAAAAGUUGAUCCAAAGCAUCUCUGAGAGAUUUGCAGAGGCAAGCGAAUGA